AUGGUGCGUCGCAGGGAAGGCUACCCCUUCUCACGCUCUCCCGCGCGACCGUCGUGCGCUGCCUCACACCACCCACCUCUCACCUCCCACCGCUGCCCUCCGCGCCCCUCUCCGGGCUGCAUGAUCUCCCCGUACCGUCCAUCCGCUGCCCUUCCUCUCCGCCCCGUCCGUCAGCUCCUGCGCGCAGUUGCUCUGCCCCUCCAUUCACACCUUUCUCCACCGCUCUCCACCGCGCGCAGGUCGUUCUUCGCGUCGGCGAUGGGGUCGUGGGCGCUGUUUGGGCCGCCCAGCUACUGCCUGACGGCGGGCGCCAUGGGCACGCUCGUGUACGCGGUGUGCGCGGGGCUGCCCGUGCUGCUCGUGGCGUGCGUGGGCGCCGCCGUGCACCGCCUCGUGCCGAACGUGGUGUCCAUGGCCGACUAUGUGCGCCGCCGCUUCGGCCUUGGAGCACGUCCAUGGCAAGGCAACACUGGUGACCGCCUCGCCCAUGCCAUGGCGCGCCCAUGGCUCCGGGCUGUGAGGGAGGGAGAGGGGCACAAGGGGCAGAGGUCGAACGCUUUUGGCUCCGAGCCCCAGGUGGUGAUGCCCCGUUCUCAGUGCGUCCGGCCUGUGUGUGGCGUUGCUCUGCUGUGGCCGCCAUCACUCCACCCGCUGCAUGCUGCUCUCGCUCUCCCUCCUCCAACACUCCCGCCCACCACUUGGUGCCGCUGCACACUUCCGUCUGUCCUGUGGCGCGCCUCGUGUCGUCAGCACGGUGGCAUGUGCACAGCAGUCACAGACGGGGCGUGCUGUGCUGCCACCUCAACGCACACCAUGCGUUUCCUGCCUUCACAUUCCCUCCCCCCCCUAUCUCUCUGCACCCAACAACAUCACGGCAGCCCGUUCGCGGUGUACAUAUCACUGUUGGCGGUGGGCAACAUGGGGGUGGCGAUGGCGGCGGAGUACACGGCGCUGGGCGACCUCUUCCACCGCCUGCUGCACGCACCCCGCCUGCCCAUCGUCAUGCUCACAGCCGCCACCGCCAUGCUCUACACCGCUGCCGGCGGGCUCUACGUCUCCAUCGUCACCGACCAAUGCCAGGCACGCCGCCCGCCCACUGCUCUGCUUCUUACUUGGCUCACUUGCUCUGUCCAUUCAGGCCCUGGCGAGUCUAAUCUUCACAGCACUGCUCACGGCACACGUGCUCCUCAACUUCCCCUCGCCACUCCCACCGCUGCCCCCUGCCCUGGGGUGGUCGAACCCGCGGGGGGUGGAGGCGGUGCUCUUCAUGCCGCUCUCGCUGCUCGCCACCACGCUCUUCAACGAGGCCAUGUGGCAGCGGUGAGAUGUGGUGAGAUGCGGUCAGAGCCAUGUGGCAGUGCUGCUGGGCGUCAGCGAGCGCGGCGGCGCUGCUGGGGGGAGCAGCGCUGGGAGCAGGUGCCAUCACGGCCGUCGUGGGGCUGCUGGGCUUCGCCGGUGAGAGCACUGCUGCCGCCACCCUGCUGGCACCUGCUGCCAUGUGCUGCCAUGCACCUGCUGCCAUGUGCUGCCAUGCACCUGCUGCCAUGUGCUGCCAUGCACCUGCUGCCAUGUGCUGCCAUGCACCUGCUGCCAUGUGCUGCCAUGCACCUGCUGCCAUGUGCUGCCAUGCACCUGCUGCCAUGUGCUGCCAUGCACCUGCUGCCAUGUGCUGCCAUGCACCUGCUGCCAUGUGCUGCCAUGCACCUGCUGCCAUGUGCUGCCAUGCACCUGCUGCCAUGUGCUGCCAUGCACCUGCUGCCAUGUGCUGCCAUGCACCUGCUGCCAUGUGCUGCCAUGCACCUGCUGCCAUGUGCUGCCAUGCACCUGCUGCCAUGUGCUGCCAUGCACCUGCUGCCAUGUGCUGCCAUGCACCUGCUGCCAUGUGCUGCCAUGCACCUGCUGCCAUGUGCUGCCAUGCACCUGCUGCCAUGUGCUGCCAUGCACCUGCUGCCAUGUGCUGCCAUGCACCUGCUGCCAUGUGCUGCCAUGCACCUGCUGCCAUGUGCUGCCAUGCACCUGCUGCCAUGUGCUGCCAUGCACCUGCUGCCAUGUGCUGCCAUGCACCUGCUGCCAUGUGCUGCCAUGCACCUGCUGCUAUUGCCACAUCCCUAUUUCUUUGCAUUGCUGCCUUGUACUGCCGGGUCUGGUCUCCCGCACCGCGCAGGCUGUUUUGCCAUGCAGUGGUCACGCGCACUCCUCUCCUCAUGCUUGCCUCUCCCAACCAUCUCUGCCCCAUCCGUCGCAGGUCUGCUAGCAGCGUGGAGCGGUGUGUACGAGCCGGAAGGCCCGGACGACAGCGGCAACACCAUCCUCUUCUCGCUGUUCCGCGGGCACCCAUGGGCGCUGGUGGCGGUGGCGCUGCUGGCCGUCACCAUGAGCGAGUCCGCUGUGGACUCGCUGCAGAACGCCACCGUUGACGCUGUCGCCGCCCUCCUGCUCGCCCACCCCUCCUGCUCUGCCAGCAGCAAGCGCCGCGUGCAUGAUAAAGAGGGCGGGCAGGGCAGCGUGCAGCGGCAGGAGGAGGCGAGGCUGACACAGGUGCAGUGCACGGAGCAUGUGGAGGCAGGAGGUGGUGCGAGAGAGGCAUCUCAACCUCAACACACGGACCCAUUUCCCCUCGUUCACCGCACCUUGCUAACUCCUUCCUCCUUUCCCACUGCCUGCCCUCUUCUUGCUGGUGCUACCACGGUGCACGCGCCACCUGCCUCUGCCACUCAUCCUGAUCCCGUCCCAUCCGCCUUAGCCCCUCCCCACCAUGGGCCUGGCCUCACCAUCUCCUCUAUCCGAGCCCUCGUUCUCAUCCUCAAUAUACCGCCACUGCUCGUCUCGCUACAAGGCUUCAACGUGCUACAGCUCUUCCUCCUCGUGAACCUCAUCAACACCACGUCCUUCCUGCCUCUGCUGCUCGGCGUGCUGCAAGGCCCCCUCUCCCGUGUCUGCAUCACCCCUGCAUCUUCUGCAACUGGCUGCGCCUCUGGCCUUCUCGCCCUUGUGGUCUGGGCCAAGUCACAACAGCGCCCCGGGGAGACCUAUGUUGAGUCUUUGGCUCGGACGUUUCUAGACGCGUACGAUUAUCCUCCCUAUCUGAUUGCUGUAGGGUUUUCCGCUGUGGGGAUGGCUGUAGAUCGAGUCAACAUGGGUUUCGUUCCCGAAGGUCCGUCGGAUUCCACGCCGCUUAAGCCACAGAGCGAGUCGUCCGAAGCUCCCCCGCACGGCGGCGCAGAUGCCGCCGCGAGCCACGCGCCGGCCUCCGGCCUACCCGCCUUUCAGUACGCCCACCACCCGCACCACCCCCCCGCGCGCGGGGCGUAUCCGCCGCAGUUCCCGCCUCCCCCGGGCUGCCCGUCCGCCGUGGUGGUGGUGGCGCACGGGGCGAGCGGCGGCGAGUUCCCCGUGUUCUCGCCGGCUCCCAUCCCCGGGCUCUACAUGCUGCCGCCGCGGGUGCCGCCCUCGCCGGAUAUGGUCAUCCUCGGCUACGAGACCUGCGCGCCGCCUACGGGGUGCUGUGCGACGGCGACGCUGAGCGGCGUGGGGUGGCUGGCGGCGAUCGUGGCGUUCAUCUUCUGCUGGCCGCUCACCUGCCUGCCCUGCUGCAUCCCGCAGCUGCACGAG